AAAUAGCUGAGAUUAGAGCAUGAAUUCCUCACAACUCACAGCAUAAUUAGAUUCAUAAGAAAUUGUUCUUGCUAUAGCAAUGAGUUCAAUAGUGGAAAAGAAAAAGUUGGUGAAGGGGAGAGUGGUGUUGAUAAGGAAGAGUGUGGUUCAAACCCUAAGCACUCCUAAGGGUAUUCUUGCCACUGGCAUCAAGAUAAUUAACGACUCACCCCAACUUGAUAUCACUAAGUCUGUGUCUUUCAAGUUGAUUAGUAGUUCCAAGUCAGAGAAUGAAAGUAAUUCAGCUGGGAAAGUUGGAAAGGAUGCCUAUUUGGAGAAUAAUGUUUCUGUGUUACGAACUUUGAAAGAGACACGGGAGGAAUACGAUAUUUAUUUUGAAUGGGAUGAUGAAGAUAUGGGAACUCCAGGUGCAUUUUAUGUAACAAACAAAAUGAAUGAAGAGUUCUUCCUAGUUAGUGUCACUAUUGAAUAUCCAAGUGAACACGACAAGAACAAUAUUAUUCACUUNGACUGUAAUUCCUGGGUUCACAACGAUAAGCGUAGCGAAACAGGUCGCAUAUUCUUCGCCAACAUUUCAUAUCUUCCUGGUGAGACACCGGUGCAAUUACAAGCGUACAGACAAAAGGAGUUGGAGAAUUUAAGGGGAAAUGGAACUGGAAAGCGUGAGAAAGGGGAUAGGAUUUAUGAUUAUGAUGUCUAUAAUGAUCUGGGCUUUCUUGAAAGCGAUAGACAAGAACAUCACCCAGUUCUUGGAGGUCUCAAAUAUCCCUACCCUCGUAGGGUUAGGACGGGGAGACCCCUCAUCGAAAGAAAUGGUGAAAAAUACGAGGUACCAGACGAGGUUUAUUAUGUGCCAAGAGAUGAAGAUUUCAGUCAGCAGAAGACUUUAGAAUUCCUUGAAUUAUCAAGGAAAGCUUUAGGUGGAAAAGUGAAACCUUUGCUCCUAUCUUUGUAUUUAAAGACAACAUCAAAUGAAUUUAACAGCUUCGAAGAAAUGCUGAAAAUGUAUGAAGGUGGAAAUCCAAGUGUCAUUGACUUCCCAACUCCUGAUGUAAUCAAAGAGAGCAAGUCUGCAUGGAUGACUGAUGAAGAAUUUGCAAGAGAGAUGAUUGCUGGUGUAAACCCUCAUGUAAUUCGGCUUCUUAAAAAGGAGGACCUCGCAUUUCCAGGGAACACAUCACGAAGUACAGUAACAAAAGAAACUUUGGAGAUUAACAUGAAUGGAGUCAAAGUAGAUGAGGCAUUUGCUAAUAAUAAAUUGUUCAUAUUGGAUUACUAUGACGCAUUCAUGCCGUAUUUGGAGAAGAUAAAUGAACUUCCUUCUGCAAAGGCUUAUGCCACCAGGACAUUCUUGUUCUUAAAAGAUGAUACAUUGAAACCACUUGCUAUUGAAUUAAGCAAGCCACAUCCGAAUGACGAGACCAAAGUGGUGCUGCCUGCAGACAAUGGUGUGGACGGUAUAAUUUGGUUAUUGGCCAAAGCUCAUGUUGUUGUAAAUGACACCAACUAUCAUCAGCUCAUAAGCCACUGGUUACAUACUCACGCAGUGAUUGAGCCAUUUGUCAUAUCAACACACAGGAAUCUCAGUGUACUUCACCCCAUUUACAAACUCCUUCAUCCUCACUUCCGUGACACCUUAAAUAUAAAUUCACUUGCCAGGAAGACCCUAAUUAGUGCAGGUAGCAUCAUAGAGCAAACUUUUUUGCCUGGACCAUAUUCUAUGGUGAUGUCUUCUGCUAUAUACAAGAAUUGGGUUUUCGCUGACCAAGCAUUACCAAAGGAUCUCAUCAAAAGAGGAUUGGCGGUUGAGGAUACAACUGCCCCUCAUGGCCUUAAACUUGCGAUAGAGGACUAUCCUUAUGCUGUUGAUGGACUAGAAAUAUGGAAUGCUACUGAGAAGUGGGUACAAGAGUAUGUGUCUCUGUACUAUUCAGAGGAGGGAGCAGUUCAAAGAGAUACUGAAUUGCAAGCAUGGUGGAAGGAAGCUGUGGAGAAGGGUCAUGGUGACUUAAAAGCAGAUCUAUGGCCAAAAAUGCAUACUUCUAAUGAUCUGGUGGAGAUUUGCACUACCAUUAUAUGGAUUGCUUCAGCUCUUCAUGCCGCUGUUAAUUUUGGACAGUAUCCUUAUGGAGGUUAUAUCGUGAACCGUCCUACACAAAGCCGAAGAUGGAUCCCAGAAGAAAAAACUCCAGAAUAUGAUGAGAUGAGCAAGAAUCCUCAAGAAGCUUAUUUGAAAACAAUUACUCCAAAGUACCAGGCCGUUGUUGAUCUUUCAAUAUUGGAGCUACUAUCAACCCAUGCUUCAGACGAGGUGUAUCUUGGACAAAGGAACAGUCUGAAUUGGACUUCUAAUGAAAAAGCAAAAGAUUUGUUUAAAAGAUUUGCAGAUGACUUAGAAAAAAUUGAGAAAAAAAUCUCAGAAAGGAACAAGACUGAAGGACUUAAAAAUCGUACUGGACCAGUCAAAAUGCCCUACACUCUGCUUCUUCCUACCAGUAAACCAGGGAUGACUUUUAGAGGAAUCCCUAACAGUGUCUCUAUCUAAGGGCUUGGUGGCUUCAUUUUCCUUUCAAUAACAGUUCCAUGUUACGUGCAUAUGUCUCAUUUUGUAUGUUGUUGUUUAUGUCACAUUGUCUUUGACGCUGCUUUUGUACCCAUUAGCAUAUUUCCUUUUAUCACUGUAAACCUUUGUUAUUUGAGCUUUGAGUUGUAUUAUUCAAGAGUUAUUAUCAUGAAUGUUAUGGUUUUACAUUUUUA